CUGGCUGGCGAGUGAGUGAGUGAGAGACUCGGCGCUCCCCGGGCAAGCCCAUUGUCUGCACUGAGGCGCCGGCGGGAAGCGCGCGAGCAGUGGAGGCGCACGGCAGAGCGAGAGAGAGGCGCGCGCGCGCAAGGGGGAAAGAAGCUGCGCCCAGGCGCGAUGUGGGGCGCCAGCCGCCGGUUUGCAGCUGCUGAGAGACAGAGGCAGGAACUGGCCUGGACUCGGGGCAGCUGCAGUUGCUGAAAGGAGGGGGGAAAGGCCGAGCCGGCUCCGGCGUCCCAAACUUUGCCCAUUUGCCUGACAGCACGCGCCGAUUUUGUUUUCGUUUUUGUUGCUUCCCCUUCCGCACAUGGAGACGUUGAACGCCGUGAGGGCGAAAGUAGGGGCAAGGAGCCCCGGCAGCUGCGAGGCGACAGGACCCGGCGAGCCCAAGCCUGCCUCGUCUUCGAGUCCCGCUGGCCGAGGCUCUCCUGCUACGGCGACCGCGGAGUCCCACGCUUAUAGACUGGAGGAUCUGGAGACCUUGGCCACUGUGGGAACAGGUACUUUUGGGCGGGUUCAUCUGGUGAAAGAAAAAUCAGCCAAAUGUUACUUCGCAUUGAAAGUAAUGAGCAUCCCAGAUGUCAUUCGACUAAAACAAGAACAGCAUGUGCACAAUGAAAAAUCAGUCUUAAAAGAACUGAAUCAUCCAUUUCUGAUCAGACUAUUUUGGACUCACCAUGAUGAACGCUUUCUAUAUAUGUUGAUGGAAUAUGUACCUGGGGGAGAACUGUUUAGUUAUCUGCGCAACAUGGGACGCUUCAAUAACAGCACUGGACUGUUUUAUUCUGCAGAGAUUAUUUGUGCAAUAGAAUAUAUCCACUCAAAAGAAAUUGUUUACAGAGACUUAAAGCCUGAAAAUAUUUUAUUAGACAAAGAGGGGCAUAUCAAGCUGACAGACUUUGGAUUUGCUAAAAAACUGGUUGAUAGGACGUGGACACUGUGUGGGACCCCAGAAUAUCUUGCCCCAGAAGUCAUACAGAGUAAAGGUCAUGGAAGAGCAGUAGAUUGGUGGGCCCUGGGCAUUCUAAUAUUUGAAAUGCUAUCUGGAUUUCCUCCAUUCUUUGAUGAUAACCCAUUUGGGAUAUAUCAGAAGAUACUUGCUGGCAAAAUAGAUUUCCCAAGACAUUUGGAUUUAUAUGUAAAGGACCUUAUUAAAAAGCUGCUUGUGGUUGACAGAACAAGAAGGCUAGGGAACAUGAAGAAUGGAGCAGAUGAUGUGAAGAGGCACCGAUGGUUCAGAUCUAUAGACUGGGAUGCUGUACCACAAAGAAAAUUAAAGCCUCCUAUAGUGCCGAAGGUAUCAAAUGAUGGUGAUACAUCUAAUUUUGAAGCUUAUCCUGAAGAUGAUUGGAACAAAACACCUCCUGUACCUGCUAGAGACUUAGAAAUUUUCAAAAACUUUUAAGUGUGGGGACACAAAGCUUAUUUAAGAAACUGGAAGAAGAUCAUCAUAGCUGGGAACUCACAAAGAAGACCUGAAAAUAUGAAGAAUUUCUUUGAAAUGAGUGAAUGUUACUACAUUAUGCACACUUUAAAAAUAAUUUUGAGAAUUGGAAUAAUUAAUUAUUCUCAUAUUUAGUUGUUCAGAUUUGGCAUUAGUUGAGUAAACUAAAAUACUGAAGCACCUACAUGAGGUAGCCUCAUUGAAAAUUGAUAUAGUUUUGUAAAUUAAAGUUUAUUUUUAGUUUGUUUCUUGCUAUGCCCAAAUCUUUUUGCAUAGUUGUCUCAUAGACUAACUUUAUAAGUUUUACUAAAGUUGUCAUUUGAAGCACAAAUUAUUAUAUAUGUAUAUAAAGAAAUCAAACAGCUAAAGCACAGAAGCUGUGCAGAAAUGUAAAUUUUUGUACUUUACAGAGUCUAUGGUUUUUAUUCUUAAAUGUUUUUCAAGAUGCUGUAUAGAAGCAAAAAAAACACCUUUAAAGGUUAAAUAGGUUUUUCAGCAUCUUAGAUAUGUUUUAUAAUUCUUUGUAAAAAUAUACAAGUAAGUUUUGAAAAAAUGUAAAAUUUCCAGUGCUUCACAGUUACAGCCAUAAUACUUGAAAGCUGAAAGGUAAAAGGGCCUUGUUUUAUUUUUUUCCCUUUAGAUUGCAUCUCUUCUUCUUCAAAAAAGUUACAAUGAUGUGUUUACACAUCAUUAUUUCUGGUAACUACAGACUAUGUAAAGUGUGUUGAUUUUUCUUAAGUAUAUGAAAUUAUGGCAGGAUAUCUAUUGCAGCAUCUUUUGCUGAUAAUGUGGAAAUAUCUUUGCUGACUUCAAGCAGUGCAGUCUUAAGCAGAGUUAAACCCUUCUAAGUCCAUUGCAGUAAAGGCAUAACUUUACAUAGGUUUGCACUGUAAAUUAGAUUUAGUUGUGGGAGACUAAAAAUUAAAACAGAACACCACAGUUAAAGCUUUAAUGUUACCUGACAUCAUCUCAGGCUUAAUACAGUUUAGUCUUCUGAGCCAUCAACUAAUGUGCAUACACAUGCAACUCCAAAAGAGAACCUUCUGUGCAUCAGCUGAUCUCCAGUUCCAUAAAUUUACAUCAUGUUAUUUUAUAACACCAAGAAAUAUAAAAUGUGAAGAGUGGUAAUAUGCAUUUACCAUAUCUUGAGAUUACCUUGACAUUUUUUAAAAACUGGGCUGUUCAAACAUAGAACUAAUUUUAGGUAGUUUCAGUUCUUAUAUUUGCUAAGUUUAACUUUGAACUGAUGUGUUGAAGAAUAAAAUUCCAGCAGAUCUAAAUUCAGAAUAUUUAUUUUUAUGUUUGACGCUCUCUCAAAUAAAAGAAUAAAACCCCA